CAUGGCGGCAGAUCUACACCCGGAGUGGAUCUCUUGUCUCCCUUCUUCAUGGAGUUAUGGGGUCACUCGGGAUGGACGAGUCUUCUUCAUCAACGAAGAAGCAAAGAGUACAACCUGGUUGCAUCCAGUCAGUGGAGAGGCAGUGAUAACUGGCCACAGGAAAACUCUAGAUUUACCGACUGGAUGGGAGGAGGGAUUUUCGUUCGAGGGGGCUCGGUGCUUCAUAAACCACAAUGAGCGGAAGGUGACCUGCAAGCAUCCUGUCUCGGGCUGUCCCUCACAAGACAACUGCAUCUUUGUCGUGAACGAACAGUCUGCCCCCAAAGCGCCAGCGAAUGAGAAGGAGCGUCCUCUGAGCACAAUGAGUAGUGAAGCCUCCAACUACACAGGCAGCUCGGACUAUGCUACACACCAAAGUAGCCCCGCAGCCAGACCAUCAAGAUCCUCAAAAAAAAUUCACAACUUUGGGAAGAGAUCCAACUCGAUACGGAGAAACCCCAAUGCCCUGGUCGUUAAGAGUAACUGGCUUUACAAACAGGAUAGCACGGGCAUGAAGCUAUGGAAGAAGAGGUGGUUUGUGCUGUCUGAUAUGUGUCUGUACUACUACAGAGAUGAGAAAGAGGAGGGUAUACUCGGCAGCAUCCUCCUGCCUAGCUUUCGUAUAUCUAUGCUGUCUGUCGACGACCACAUCAACAGGAAAUAUGCCUUCAAGGCGACGCAUCCCAACAUGCGGACCUACUACUUCUGCACAGACGCAGCCAAAGACAUGGAGUCUUGGAUGAAGGUGAUGACAGAUGCUGCCCUGGUGCACUCUGAGCCUAUCAGGAGCAGGUCGCUCAAAGUGGAACAGUGCGGUCCUCAGGAUGUCAGUAACCAUGUUACCCAGAACCACAGACCGGUUCUAACCCGACCAGAGAUCCAGAACAACGAGCGGAACCGGACCGAGGUCGACAGCGAACAUCACACCGUCGCCGCCAUAACCACGGUAACCGCCGUCACUGCCGAGGAGGAGGAGAACAGGAAACAGCGUGACGCAGAGCGCUACGGGUUUCAGAAGGAAGGGGCGGAGAGGGACCGGCCGCUCACUAAGAUCAACAGCAUCAAACUAGAACCAGAUCAGGCUUCUGCUGUACCUGCUGACAUCACACCAGACGGGCCCUACAGAGCCCCACAGCUGAACGGUGCUGGAGACCAGAGCCCAGGGGAGAUGAUGACCAACCCCCAGCCCCAUCGGACCCCCUCUAUCCAGGGCAGCAUGACCCCCACCACCCCCCAGUACCCCCACGGGGAGCCUGAACCCAGGACCCUGACCAGGACCAACUCCAUGCAGCAGCUGGAACAGUGGGUCCGCACACAGAGAGUACGCAACCAGGAUGAUGACACACACAGGUGGGUGUGGAUGUGUGAGGGUGGGGGGAUGAGCCCAGAGGACUACAGGGAACACGCCUACAUGUGCAGCCCGGAGGACGUUGACAUUGAUGCUAAGUUGAGCAGGUUGUGUGAACAGGACAAGGUUGUGAGGAUACGCGAGGACAAGCUCCAGCAGCUACACAGAGAGAAGCACACCCUGGAGACGGCCCUGCUGUCGGCCAGUCAGGAGAUAGAGAUGAGUGCUGAUAACCCAGCAGCCGUACACAGUGUUAUCCAGCAGAGAGACGUGCUGCAAAGUGGCCUGCUCAGCACCUGUAGAGAACUGUCACGAGUCAACACUGAGUUGGAGCGGUCGUGGAGGGAGUAUGAGAAGCUGGAGGGAGACGUCUCAUUGGCCAAGAACAACCUGCUGGAGCAGCUCGAGGUCCUGGGGAGCCCUCAGACGGAGCCCCCCAGCCAUCAGCAUGUCCACAUCCAGAAGGAGCUGUGGAGGAUCCAGGAUGUAAUGGAGGCCCUCAACAAGAACAAGGCCCAGAGACACACAGACACACAGGGAUACUACGGCUCCACACCCAUCUCCAACAAACACAAGAGUGAGGGUCCUGACUACAGGCUGUAUAAGAGUGAACCAGAGUUGACCACCGUAGCAGAGGUGGAUGAAACCAACGGAGAGGACAGAUCAGAACAGUCUGACAGAGACCAAGCAAACACCAAAGGAAUGUCCUACCCUGUUGGCAUCGUUCCCCCCAGAACCAAAUCUCCCAACAUGCCAAAUUCUUCCAGCAUCACCUCCUACGUCACCCUGAGGAGGGGAGGGAGACCAGACCCGCGCAUGGAGCGACCCCAUAGUGCAGUAGAGCAGCUGUCUGGUGGGGCUGUGGAGAAGGACAGUGGCAGAUCCAGGAUGAGUGUAGAGGAGCAGCUGGAGAGGAUCAGGAGACACCAACAGGGGGCGCUAAGAGAGAAGAAGAAGGGGCUUCACAUCCUGGCAGGAAGUAGCUGCAACAGCCCACAGGACUAUACCACACACAGCCACAGUACCACAUCAACACCGUCACGUAGCCCUUCGUUCACCAAGGAGAACCCCUUCCGCAGCAUGCAGCAGAACCGCCGUCAGCGUGGCGAGGGGAUGAGCAGUGACAUCCUGGAGUUGGAGGCGUCACUCAGAGAACAGGAAGUGGUCAGAGAGCAGGAGACGCCGGCCGAGGAGAUAGCACGCCUUAAAGAGGCCACACACACUGACCACUACAACAUGGACAGAGAGCUGUCAGUCCCUGAGAAGGUGUUGAUUCCAGAGCGUUAUGUGGAGUCAGAUCCAGAGGAGGCUCUCAGUCCAGUGCAGGAGGCUGACAAACAAAAGAAAGUGGACCGCAUCAAAGCCCUCAUCGCCAAAAACAGUAUGCAGAAUGUUCUCUCUCCUCCUGGUCCAGAGAAGGAGGCUGAGGAGGAGGCCACAGCUCAGGAUCAGGAGAAAAUGAUCAACAUAUCCUAUGAACUGGCUGCUGAGGCCUCCAAACGCAGCAAGCUGGUGGCAGUGCGCAGCUUGUCAUCCUCCUCACCUCCUCCUGAGCCCCAACCCUCCUCAUCUCCACCUCCUAACACACAGCCACCCCCCCAGCUCACUGAUGGCUCCCACUUCAUCUGUGUCUAGUAGUAGCAGCACCCUGGCCUCAAUGAAGACCUACACGUGAGAAGACCUCUACCCUAGGACAUGACACAACCAGCACAAAACCCAACAAACUGGACUGACUGACAGACUGAUGGGCCCGUUAGACCACGCUGUUCAAUCUAUACCUUACUACAGUAUGACAUCACAUCCUCCUGUGCCAUGACGUCAAUUCAUGUUCCCUUUAACAUCACCACCACUUUCCCCUCUUCUCCCCCCUCACCUACUAUCCAUGUAAUCACAUUUGAUCUUUGCAACAAUGAGACAAUAGUAAGGCAUCGAUACUGUUGCUUUUAGAAUAUAAUUAGUUCCAUUGCCGUUAUUUCUCUAGUUUGUAGUUGGAGUUGAUUGUGAUUGAAUAUUGUCUGAUGGUUAGGGUGUGUUCAGAGCAUAAGGCCUGUAUCCUGCUGUGAUGACUCCUUCCUUCCCUUGGGGAAAAGACUGGCACGUGUUCCUUUACACACAGACACAGUGAUGACAGUAACGUUUUCACCCUUCAACAGUUCCACUGUUCAGCUUGGUUUUAUAACUAUUUUUAGUUCAUUUAAUUUUUUGGAAGAAAAAAAUAUAUUUUUUAGUUCACAACACUGCAUAUUUUAGUAAUUCAAAUCCAGUGUACAAAACCAUUUCUGUUUUAUAUGUCUAAAUAUACAAGAGACAAAUAUAGUUGAUUUAUAGAUUUGAAGAACGUGCCACUUUAUUGUUGCAGAGGAGGAUGGAUGAGAUUUGUAAUCUUUUUUCUGGUUGGUUGUAAUUAUAUUUAUACGUCGGAUCUUCUGCAGUUCCCCUUCUGCACCCGAAUGGCAUCGUAUUCCCUAUGUAGUACACUACUUUGUAUCAGGGCCUAUAGGACUCUGGUCAAAAGGAGUGCACUACUUUGUAUCAGGGCCUAUAGGACUCUGUUCAAAGGGAGUGCACUACUUUGUAUCAGGGCCUAUAGGACUCUGGUCAAAAGGAGUGCACUACUUUGUAUCAGGGCCUAUAGGACUCUGGUCAAAAGGAGU